AUGUCUGCCUGCAAUGUGUGUUUGGUAUUUCUGAUCUGGUGUCGGGUUUUAAAUCUUUCAGCAGCAGAGAGUGAAGGAUCUGCGGUGGAUGACGGUGAUGGUGGAAAUGGAACUGUGUUCACUGUCCCCAGUUACAGACCCACCAGACAUUCACCAGGAGCUGGUUGGGAGACCAAGAAUAAAGGAGCUAUUUCAGGUGAACAAGGAAAUGUUUCAGGCUUACAAUUUCGUCAGGAAAAGCUACUUGAAGAACUGAAGGAUUAUAAGUUUGUAUUCCCACAGCUGGUUUUAGGAAGAGGGAAACGCAGUGUAGCGAUACUGCCUCAGAGAAACUAUCCAAAUAACUUCAGCAUCUUGGUGGAGCUGGAUGGAAAGAACUUCACACUGGAUCUCAGCAGCAAUAAAUUCCUCUUGCCGAGAGAGUUCCAGGUGACGUACUAUGAUUCCAAUGGGACUCUGGUGACUGAGACAGACAGUGAAAUGUAUCGCUGUUACUAUGUGGGAUCUGUGAGAAGAUUUCCUGGAUCCCAGGUCUCUGCAAGCACCUGCUCAGGACUCAGUGCUGUGAUUGCGUUCAGUAAUCGAACUUACGUCAUUGAACCUGUUGUGGGGGAUGUAGUCGGUCGUCAUUUGUUAUACAGAGCCGAAGAUCUCCUGCCAGUACCGAGUGGCUGUGGAGUCAGAGCUCCAUCCCCUGAGUUAACCCUGACUGAUCACCUUGAGCGCUCUCAGAGGAAGAAAAAGGAUGUGCUGGAGGAGACAAGAUAUGUCGAACUGGUGCUAGUGGCAGAUCGGAAUUUGUAUCAGAAUAUGAACAGUAAUAGAGGAGCUGUGGUGCGAAGAAUGCUUGACAUUGCCAAUACAGUUGACCUGUAUUACAGACCAUUCAACAUUCGCAUUGCUCUCAUUGGAGUGGAGGUCUGGACUGUAGAUCAAGCCCCCGUUAGUACACAAUCAACACCAACAUUGAAUCACUUCCUGAAGUGGAGAUAUGAAACACUUCUGCCACGACUGUACAAUGACAAUGCCCAGCUCCUUGUAGGUGGAUAUUUUGACGAUGGCAUCGCAGGUUUGGGAAGUUUAGGUGCCAUGUGUUCAGCAAGCCAAUCUGGAGGAAUAAAUGCAGAUAACCGGCCCAGCCACUUGGUUGCUUCUUCAACUGUUGCACAUGAAAUGGGACACAAUUUUUGGAUGAGACAUGAUGAUCCAUCACGGAAUUGUAAAUGUGCCGACAGGGUCGCCGGCUACUGCAUCAUGGAACCAGCAAUGGGUUUAGUUCUGCCAACAGUUUUCAGCAGUUGCAGCCGGCAGGACCUGGUGAACAGCAUCAGCCGUGGCCUCGGGAUGUGUCUGUACAACCCACCAAAUCUUGACCAGCUGGUUGCAGGCCGUGAGUGUGGCAACUUUUUCUUAGAGAAAGGCGAGGAAUGUGACUGCGGCAGACCUGUGGAAUGUUCUGACCCCUGCUGUGAGGCCUCAACAUGCAAAUUCAAAGCUGGUGCAAAAUGUUCUUCAGUUUCUAGCUUGUGCUGUAAGGACUGCAAAUUCCUUCCUGGUGGAACCCCUUGCAGGCCAAUGAAAGGAGAAUGUGAUUUGCCGGAGUUCUGUACCGGUGUUGCUGCACGUUGUCCUAAUAAUGUGUACCUGAAAGAUGGCCACAAAUGCAGCAAAGGAAAUUUAUUCUGCUACAAGGGUAUCUGUCAGUCUGCAGAUAAACAGUGCCAGGAGAUCUGGGGACCUGGAGCAAAGUCUGCUGACAAGAUUUGUUAUGACAUUAUGAAUAAAAACGGAAAUGAAUAUGGAAACUGUGGCAACGACGCAAAUAAUAAAUACUUAAAGUGCCUCCCUCAGAAUAUACUUUGUGGGAAAAUCCAGUGUACAGGUGGGAAUGACAAUCCAGUCCGAGGUGGAACGGUGAAAAUUGUUGUCACUACUGUCACAUAUAAAGGUGUGAGGUUUAAUUGCAGAGGAAUAAUUUCUGACCUAGCUGAUGCCAGCACUCCAGACAUAGUUUAUCACGGAGCCAGGUGUGGCAAUAACAAGCUCUGUCAUAAUGCACAAUGUCAGGAUGCCAUUGUGUUCAAGAUAAAGGAAUGUGACGACACCUGCAAUAAAAAAGGGGUUUGUAACAACAAAGGUAACUGUCACUGUGAUGUUGGCUGGGCUCCUCCAUUUUGCAAAACCAAGGGGGCUGGUGGCAGCAUUGACAGUGGACCCAUGACUAGAAAAGGCACAGGAGGUAAAACUAAGCCGGCUAUUCUGAGUAUUGCAAUCAUGGCACCAGUUUUGAUGGUCCCAGUAUUAGCCUAUUUUCUUGCCAAGGCGUUUACAAAGAAAGCAACAAUCGCAAGUGCAAGAUCUCUAGCAAGUUGAAGAAGUAAUGGUUGUCUAAGAUUCAGACACCUACCAGCCAACUGUAGGACCUUAUGAAUCAUGGAAAAUUGCUAUAUGCACCCACUGUGCGCAAAUGUUUGUUAUGUGUAUCA